GGCAACGCGUGCGCGCUACGAAGCUGUGAAAUGUUAAUGAAUUAUCGUUAGUUAAUUCGCGUCUGAGAAAUGCCGAUAAAUUAGACGCGAUUCGAGUCGAUAACGGAGAAGCUUUCUUUGUAGGCAAUGGAUGCGCAGAACACUGUGAGAGGAAUGUACGUUUGUCAAUGCCUAGAAACAGGUUCGGGGCUCCUCGGUAUUUACAUAUUUAAAUAUUUCGAGUAGUGCAAGCGAAUGUCAGUCUACUAUGAUUUUAAACAAGAAUAAAGUUGAUUUAAGAGGAUCUACGGGUACGAAGAACUUGAUAAGACAGCCGAGGUGGAUUUCGUCGAAGUGCCAAGGAUGAAACGAGAAUCUGAGAGUCCGAGCACUGUUGAAAGCACCAAUACACCUAAGUCCAAAGACGCUACCACUGCCUCUGCACCAAGCACACCUCUCGCGAACGCAUCUACGAAAAAACCUGCCCCCCCGACCAAACAGAAACAACCAAAUCCUACCAGUUCUGCACCUAGCGCAAGUUCACCAGCACCCAAACCGCGUCCGCGGACCGGUUCCACGGUACCGAAACGUACAACCAAUCCCACUACUUCGAAAGCAGAUGCAACGAGUGCUGAGCCUACCACCGCGGCAACCGAAGCCACGACUACGUCGAAACAACCGGAUUCUGAUAAGCCAGCUGAUUCAAAGUCGCCGACCCCAUUGAUCGGACUAGAAUCCCGUAUCGAUACGAGUGAACCCUCUCAACAGCCCGAGAAGAAGCCUCAGAAAAAGCCUGGCGCGAGCUCUUUGCCUUCUGCGCAACACCCCGGUCAUCCUAGAUACCCGACUGUAUACCCUCCGUCCUCAUUCAACUUCCCAAACGCCAUUCCAGACUUUUCGCCACGUUACGGUGAUCCUACUGUCCACUCUAUGCCAGAUGCAGGUAAUUUUGCAUGGACUGGAACCAGCAGUGGACUCGGAACGGCAUCGUCCUUCGCUGGCGCGUCGGCUGGUGCGUCCUCCGGAUCAUACGGCGGCACUCCGAAUUAUGGAAUGGGGCAACCGUCGUUCGGUAAUCGAGGAGCAUUCGUCGACAAUACACCUAACGAGGCCAAUGUACCUAACACGGGUUAUUCGCCGAACACGGGCUAUUCGCCGAACAUGGGCUAUUCACCGAACAUGGGCUACGUACCCAACGUGGGUAGCUAUGGGGGAUUCGGUUACGGUGCAGGAGGCAACCCAUUCCCGGAUCCUAGUUCAUUCGUGUUCCCAGGCUAUAAUCCAGACGUCUUCCAAAGACAAAUGCAGGAUUACUUUAAUCAGUUGCAGAAUCAAUUCCAAAGACAGCAACAAGCGUUGUUGGACACUGCAAAUCGCAUAGGCACUGAUGGCUAUUCAGGAUCUAACCCUGGUGGUCAUAGUGCUGUUUCCAGCAUUAGCUUGGGACCACGCGGCGGCUUCCAAACUGGAGCGAUCAGUCCGGCUGCGCCGGGAAUUGAGUCCAGAUUUGCCGAAGAUAUUCCCCCACCUUCUAGUGGCUCUUACGGAGUAUUUUCUAGCUCGAGUUCGAACACUGUGGUUGGUCCAGAUGGCAAACCAAUGUCUCAUAAAGUAUCAACGACUGGUGUUAACGACAAUGGAAAAAUUACUUUCCGCACCGUUGAAGAUUAAAUCCUACGCCAUCGAUGGAAUGUACAAUACCAAUAACCGCUUUUACUGAACCAUCGCAUGUUGCGAUAAGGUGCAGCAGCUUUUCUUUAUUCUUUUGUCCUAUUUAAAUCGAGAUUUUCUGUAACUCAGGGUUAUAUAGAAUACUAUUAAUUGUUUGCUUGUCAAAUAUAUUUACAGCAAUGUCAUAAAAAUACUCAUCUAUUUAAGUACAACUCAAAUCGUGAAAUGUUUUGAUAAUAGAAGGAGCUUUUUUGCCAUCUUGAGCGAAGAAACUACUAGGGAAUUUUACAUUUUGACAGAUUUUUAUACGAGCUGUAUGAAAAUUCAUAAUAAAAUCGAAGAGGAAUAGAGUUAUGCUCAAAAACCGACACAUUACCACAGUUGACAUUAUGAUUUUUUUCUGAUCAAAUUAAAACGAGAAGUGUUAACGUUAUAAGCAAGAUUACGAACAUAAAAACACACUGUUUAUUUAAUUCAUUUUCAUAAACACUAUAUUUAAAAAAUGGAGCUAUUAUAUUGGCGUAUUUUAAAAAUUAUACCUAAUUAGUUAUCUUCGUAUUAUCUACAUUGCAAUUUCUAGGAUAUCCUACAUAAAAGUUAUUAUUCUAAUAUUUAUUUAAUAGAGUAGUAAUGUCAUGAAGUCAUUUGAAUUUAUUUAAUUCUUCCGUAAGGAUUGUUUAUCAACAGUGCCUGUAAUUUAUUAAAUGUGACAAUAAUAUUUACAACCAGAAGAUGCUACAAUCGUGA